AUGUCAAGUAUUGAAAAAUUAUCCAUCCGUGGUAUUCGUAGUUUUAGUCCCAAUCGGGAAGAAAUAAUUGAAUUUUAUCAUCCCUUAACUGUUCUUUUAGGUGAUAAUGGAUGUGGUAAAACCACCGUAAUUGAAUGUCUCAAAUUAGCGUGUACAGGUGGAUUCCCUCCAGGUGCUCGUAGUGGUCACAGUCUCGUUUAUGAUCCGAAACUUGCCAAUACCAAUGAAGUGAAAGCCAGUAUUCGAUUACGAUUACGUAAUCACGCUGGAAAAGCCAUGGUCGUCCAACGGACGUAUCAAGUGCGUCAGACGAAGAAAAAUCUGCAAUUUAAAGCAUUGGAUGGGGUGAUUCGAGUAAUAAAUGAAGUUGGAGAGAAGGUGUCAUUAAGUCAUAAAUGUGGGGAAUUGGAUCAUCAUAUACCCGAAAUGUUGGGGGUAUCGAAAGCGAUUUUGGAAAAUGUGAUUUUUUGUCAUCAAGAAGAUUCCAAUUGGCCAUUACGAGAAGGAGCGGAAUUGAAAAAACGAUUUGAUUAUAUUUUUGAAUCGGCACGAUAUACAAAAGCAUUGGAAGCCAUUCGGAAGUUGAAAAAAGCACGAGUGGAUGAUGCGAAGGAUUAUAAACGUGAUUUAAAUGUGUUGACGGGAAAUGUCAAGAUUAGACGUGAUCUCUGGGACGCGUUGCAAGUGAAACAGGAAAAAUUAAAGGAUGCAAAAGAUAAUGAAGAAAAAGAAGAGGAAGAGAUUGUUAAAGCGAACGAAACGCUCGAGGAAUUGCAAGUGCUUCAAGUGGACGUGAAAAACUUGCAUGACAAGUUGAUAAGACGACAGGAAGAUCUUGGUGGCAAGGAACAGAGUGUACGUCGUGCGUAUGGUAAAAUUGAAAAUAUUAUGAGCGACACGGAUGAAGAGCUGCAAAGUGUGUUAAAUGACUAUGAUGCCAUUAUUGAAAAACAUCAAAGCGCUUUUUCCAGAUUCCAACAAGAGGAAACGAGACUCCAGAUGGAACAGAAUACAGUUAAAGAGGAAUACGUGGUAUUGCGGGCGUCGAAAGCACGAGUGGAAACAAACAUUGACACGUACCAGAAAAAAGUGGCGGAUUUCGUAGAUUCGGCUUCGAAGCUCAGUACUAAGUAUCGUUUCCACUUGCAACCAUUGUCGUCGCAGCAUGACGAUGUUUCGGCCUUUUUGACAGAGUUCAAACACAUUGUCGAAGAAAAACAAAACGCGGUGAAUAGUUUGGACGCAAAGCAAAGACAAGAUGACGACAAGUUGACUACGGAGUUGUCGGAAUUAACGUCGCAGGUCAAACAUCUACGCAAUGAAUUAAAUGCGAAGACGCAAAGUCUUGAAGCGUUGAGCCGGGACAAAACAAUUGUUGAGAACCGUCUGGUAGAGCUCGGUAGUGCAGGUCUUCACUCUCAGCGAGAAGCAGAAGAAAUCAACACGCAGGUGACAGAAGCGGAGCAAACUUUGGCGGAUUAUAAGAAGAAGCACGAUAUAGGAGCGUUGAAAGCCGAGAUCCAAGUUUUUAACCGACAGAUUAACGAUAUUAGCAGCGUAAUGGAAGACCUGGGACAGCAGAUUACCACGCUGCGUACCUACAAUCACCAAAAGUCCGAGCUUGAGAUCAAACGCAGUGAAUACCGAAAGAGACAAGAAACUUUCCAGGCCAACUUAAACGAAAAGGUGUCAGACUUUGAAGAGAUCUUGGAAGGCGGUGAGAAACCAACAAACAAAGCCUCAUUGGUGUCGGCUGUUGCCCGAAUUGACAACCUUAUAUCCGAGCGCCAACGCACCUGCGAUGCAAAGAAGAAGGAACUAGCGCUCGCUGAGCAGCGUCUGAUGGAAAACACGACAUCGUCGAAACUUGCUGAAAAGGAAUUGAAUUCACUGCGUGUGAGAAAGAAUGAACUAGAGAGGCAACACAUGCCUGGUUUGAAAGCGCUACUCGACAAGGUUAUUCCCGGUCACGGUCUAAAGUAUGCUGAGCUUGGGAUAAAGGAGGCGGAACGAUCUUACGCUGAUGCGAAAGACAAGGUUGUUCGUCGCAACAAUAUGGUGCUAUUCCUCAAGAUCUAUAAGAAGAAGGGAGUUAAGGAUCACUGUUGCCCGCUUUGCGAGCGUGAUAUGACCCCUGAGGAAGAGCACGCUUUUGAAAGCAUUUUGAAUGAAAAGACCGAUGACGCGAAGGUUGCAGACAAAAUCAACAAAGCCAAAGAUCUGGAAAGGUCAUCGCUCCAGACGCUGACAGACAUUAAGGAGAAGAUGCCGGAUUGGCGUAAGUGGAUGGAGCUCGAGACCACUAUACCAGAGAAGGUAAAUGUGCUGGAAGAGAUUUAUGCUUCCCAGAAAGCGCUCGAAUAUGACGUGCAAGACAAAAAAGUCGCAUAUGAGCAAGCACAGGAGCAGGUCGAAGAUGCAAAGACGGCGAGGUCCGAGUUGAAUGCAUUGCGUAAAUCUGCAGAUGAGUUGCACUCUUCCAACGUGGCUAUCAGUCAAGAAGAAGAACAUAUGAGUGCCUUGACAGCAGGAAGUCAUGGAGCAGGUCGAUCGUUGUCGGAUGUGGAAUUAGAAAAAGAUGCAAAGCAAGCUGAAGUGCAGGAUCUGAAUCACCAGCUUCAACGGAAACAGAGAGAACUGGACCGCAUUCACGAAAUGCUACAGCAGUUGCAAAACGAUCUACACAAUCGUAAAGAAGAAAAACUGAGGAAGGAGGCCCAGCGUAAGGAAUACGACGAGACGGUGAAAGAGCAGAAUCGGUUGCGUGAGCAAGAAAAGGUCUUGAAGGAGGCGUGCUCGAAGCUGAAAAAGUCGGAGCCUGAGCUAGAACGUAGCGUUCGCUCAAAAACGAGUGAACGUGACACACGGCGUGCAGAGGCAAGGGAUCGUCUACGAGCUAAAAGUUCCGAGCUUCAGGAAAGCCAAGGAGACUUUCGUGUCUUUAGUGAUAAAGUCAAGCAGGUUCAACGUGGAGAACUUGAGAAACUUGAGCGUGAAGCUCAAUCGCUGAGCGAACGUAUUGCCCAAACAAAGCAGAAGGAGGAUACAGCAAACCAAUCGUUGGCGAAUUUAUUACCUCAGAUGAAGAGCGCGGAGAAGAGCCUUAGCGAGAAUGAAAUUGUCAAGCGACACAUCCAGGACAACCUGGAGUAUCGUGCUCUCGAAAAAGACUUGCAGAAGAUGCGUGCUGAAGUUGAAGACCUCAAGGCUCAAAUUGGAAAUUUGCCACCGCUAGAUGACGUCAAUGAUCGAGUUGCAUCAGCUAGUAAGACGCUUCACACUGCACAAGUUUCUCGUGCAACGUUGACAGGAAAGAAGCAGCAACUGAUGGAAAAUAUUCGCGAAGACAAGAUCAAGCUCCGCACGCCGCAUUUGAAGGAUGCUGAAGAGAAAUAUCGGCACAAGCUGAUUCAGUUUGAGACAACGCAGAUGGCUGUAGCAGACCUGGAUCGCUAUUUUAAGGCGCUUGACGAAUCGCUGUUGCAGUAUCACUCAAAGAAAGUGGAGGAGAUCAAUACGAUCAUUCGUUCACUGUGGCAGAUUACGUACAAGGGUCAAGAUAUCGACACGAUUGAAUUAGUGAGUGGACAACAGGAGGGUGUGGUUUCAAAAGCUGCACGCUCGUAUGACUACCGCGUCGUGAUGAAAAAGGCAGGAGCAUCGAUUGACAUGCGAGGUCGUUGCAGUGCGGGGCAAAAGGUUCUAGCCGCCUUGGUCAUUCGUUUGGCACUAGCAGAGACCUUUUGUUUAAACUGCGGGAUCUUGACGCUUGAUGAACCCACAACGAAUCUUGAUACCGAAAACAAAUUCGGUCUGGCGCAGGCAAUCACUGAUAUUGUGAACGCGCGCUGUCAGCAACAAAACUUUCAGCUUGUAUGCAUUACACAUGACGAAGAGUUCGUGCAAAUGCUCAGUCGCACUCAAACCAUGGAUGGCACACGCCCCGAGUUUUACUGGCGUAUUUCGCGAGAGGACAUUGGCGGCAAUCGCUUUGUCAGCAAGAUUGAACGACAUGAAUGGGAGGACGGCAUCUAG